AUGAAUUUUUCCUCAGUUACGCCGACACCAGCUAUCCAUCUGCAGGUCCCCCUUAUUAUUCAUAUCAUGUAUGGUAUUCUAUCCAAUAUUGCAAUAAUCGGUAACUUAUUAGUAUUAAUAGUAAGUAUUCAUUCAAGAUCGGUCAUAAAAGGUCCUCUACAUACUUUAAUAUUUUGCCUAGCAAUUAUGGAUAUGAUGACAGGUAUAGUCGCUUUUAUAACACCAGGUUUUGCUUUUGCUUAUGAUACAUUCCCGUACCCAAAUGGUACUGCUGGAUUACUCUAUUGCAGAUUAAUUGAUUCAGAAUAUUUUUUCUUCUCCUUUGGAUUUGUCUCUAUUUACAUCGUUUUACUUAUAAGCCUUGAACGAUGGUGUGCGAUUGCUAAACCAUGGCGCUAUCAAAUUGUUUUUUCAGUCAAAAAUUGUAGAAUAACCGUUUUAAUUAUAGUUGUACUACAAUUAUCGUUAACACUGGAAAAUACGUUGAAUAUGAACCAUAAAAGUGGAAAUAUACCACCAUGUAUAUGGGGCUCUAUUUUCGCUGAUGCAUUAGCAAGAAAUGUCUUUUUUAUUGUUAUGGAAACUAUACGCUUAUUUAUACCAGUAUGUAUAAUUGUAUUGUGUUAUCUUGAUAUUGCUCGACGACUACUCUCUAGAGCUAAAAUCGGUCAUACAGAAAACACUAUCAAAGCAGCAGCACGUCGGCGUGCAACAGUUAUGGCAUUUUCAGCUUCAAUAAUGUUGAUUAUAUGUUGGCUGCCCAAUGAAUUAUAUUUUACACUUUAUCAAUUCAAAGUCAUUGACCUAGAUGAAAUCUUACAUAAGACAUUUAAAAUACUCAUUAUAUUCAAUUCUAGUAUUAAUCCAUUCGUUUAUGCUUCUACAAAUGAAUUAUAUCGCAAUGGCCUCUUUAAAUUAUUUGCCUAUUCAAGAUGGCGCUGUUAUAGCAGUUCCAAAGCUUAA